AUGUCCCGCGAGUCCCAUGAGCACACCUUUCGGACUGCGCUCGCUAAUGAGUUUCAGUGGCGCAAUCUUUACCUGAAGGAGUUCGGCUGCUGCACCUACCCACCACCGAUAGCGAAAGACCCUAGCACCACUGCCCAUAACGUCUAUCCGAUGCGACGGCAGGCCAUCCUCCUUCAGCGCGAAAGCAGCAGCAGCAGCAACAGCAGCGAAGGUGCUGGUGACAACGUAGAGGAUGAUGACCACUAUGAUGAGUCGACGGUGGAUACCGACAGGGAGGGGAGCUACCAACCGAACGGUAGCUCAGUUCUCCCCGAAUUCUGCCUUAGCGGUGGUGACAGUGACAGACCCAACCCGAAAAGGCACCAAUCUCACUACGUUGGCCUGGAAGGUGCGGAAGACCCCUGCACAAGCGACUCGCCUCGCGACUGCGGCACGGCUGAUCAGUUUUUCAGCCUGGACAUGUCUUUCUCUGUUGACGGGCAUGGAGCCAGAACACACAGCUUCCGCCGCCCUGUCCACAGCAGCGGUGCGCGACGGUUGGGCCACGGCGCCGUUCUGCGCAAAGACGACUUCUUCGACACCAACGAUGUCUUCUCGACGAAGUUCUUUAGUUUUCUGUGGCUGAAUUCGGAUACAGACAAUGAUGACGACGAAAGCGCGAGCGGCACGCGCACGGUCGACCACGAGCGCCGGCGAUGGGAAGCGCGCGACGCAGCCAACGGGCAACGCACAAGGCACCGCGCGCUGAACAGCAAGAACCCCAGUCUCCUCACGCUUUCGAGACCCGACUUCUCGUCUCUGGCAAACCAAACUUUCGAUACGAAUCCACACGGGUUGCCAGAGGCGGUGCUGCGUCUGCACCACCAGACAUGGGCCCUGCUGAUGGAUAACCGCCUCAUGGCCUGGGUGCACCGUGAAGCCGCCGACCACUGUCAGCGCGCCACGCAACUGCGGCAGCGCCUACUCGAAAUUAUCGCGCUUGGCCCUUCCUCCGCGGACGUCGCUGGAAGCGCCACAUUUGCCUCUCCCACCCACGUCAGCAGCGCACUCGCGGUGCCGGAAGAUGCGCUGCAACGCACUUUGGAGAGCUUCUCGCCUUUCUUUGUCGUCAUCUCGCCUCCGGCGGUAGUGCAGCGGGCAGUGGAUCAGUUCCAGGCGGCGCGACGGGGCCAGCUCCGCAGCGUCAACGGACACCAGCCCGCUGCCACCGCCGUGGCUGAUCUUGUCGGCCUUCCGCUGCUUAGUCAGUACGGCUCAUGGCGGGAGGCCUACGAGCACCGCCAUCGCUGGGACAAGGCGCCAUUCUCUUUCUUCUUCAUACACGACGUCAGCUACAACUACGCCCAAGUCACAGCCAUGCUCGUGGAGCUGCAGUUGCUCUACACCCACGCCCACACUCACUCGCGGCUCUGUGUAGAGGCGAGGCGGGAGUCUGUGUUUCUACAGAACGCAGCCCGUCAACUCACCACCUCGAGCAGCGCAACCUGCAAUACGGAGGAGCGGUGCCACACGUGCCCGCUCAUGCUCAUCCAAGAGAUGACAGAGCGCAUUAUCCUGGCCUACGAGCAAAGCUCCACACGCACGACCCUGUCGAUGCUGCGCCGAGUGCUGGACUUCCUGACAGAUGCCGCGCUAGACACGGUGACGGCGCACCGCUUCAUCAGUCGUAUGGCGCUUCUGCGGCAGCACCAGUUUCAGCUGCCAGGUAUGGCCACGACGCGCCCUUCGCCAGCCUCGACAACGGCUCCCGCUUUCCCCACUGCGGCCGCUUUUAACGCCACACAGGUUAGAGAGGGCGAUACGACGACGGCUGGUAAAGAGGAUCUACAAUCAACAAGGCGCAACCUUAGUGUCUCCAAGAUGGAAGAUGGCGCCUCUACAAGUGACGAACUCUCCGGCACCGGCGCCAGCGGCGUCCUCAACAUUGACGUAGAGCCGCAGCGUGUCACGGAGCGCGACAUCAACGCACUCUUUGAAAUUGCCUACUGGUUUGUGGAUGUGACGACAGCGAACGCCAAGGUACCACUUGAUCCAGCUCUGAUCGCAAGCGCGACGGCACCGCUAUCAGCGGCGCGAGUAGAGCCACUCAACAAUCGACUGGGAGUAUUCAGGAGGGUGAGCCGAAGUUCCCCAGGCAGUAGAUCACCGUUAGACACAAUGUUGUACCAGGUUGAGGGAUCGCAUCUGGCCUCGCCACGUCACGGCAAUGCCCUCUCCCCGACUGGAGCAGAUGACCCGUCGCUCUCCCUGCCGCCGCGGCCGCAGCCGCAGCCGUACUUGCCUGGUCGCGCACAGAUGUACAACCCUGUCGAGUCCCUUGUAGAAGCGGUGGCGUUGCUGGAGGUGUACCAGAAGCCGCUACAUCUGCGCGAUGAUCGACCCGACCGUGUCGGCCGCAAGAAGCGGCAGAGCGUAUUGCCGGCUGACGUGAAGGCCCGCCGUGGCGACCGUGGAUCUGGGAGGUUUACAUCGUCGAGUCUCGCGCCGGCCCCCAUCUCCGACACCUUUGCAAGUUUCAUCAGCCCUUUGGUGGUUCUCACCACCUACCUCCGCCUACACGGCGGCAAUUGGCUGAAGCAGCUCUGCCGCCGUGUCUUCGAGUCGCUACACAGACCGAAUGUUCAGCUCUACGUCAACACCCUUGAGCUCGAUGCGGCGUGGGCGGCUCUACAGCCAUCCCCAUCCCCAUCCGCACAAGACGCGUUCAACGGCACUGACACUGCAGCGACGCGAGGGAGCCAACGCCAACAAAUCCGACUGCCAGGAGGCGCGCCGUCCGCCCCAAACACCGCCGCCAACAAAGAGGUGGCGCGCUGCGACUUCCUCUACCGACUUGGCACUCUGGAAGACCUCAUUUGCCAGGACAUACUGUACGCUCUGAACAGCUUUUUCGGGUUCCUGUACGGCAAGCGCUCAGCGGCGCGCUUGCCGCAAGGCAUCUCCGUCCUUCUCACUCAGUUUGUGUCCACCGUACACCUGCACAUGCUCGAGAGCGUUGGCGCCACUCGGGCUGCGGCGGCGGCGGCGGCGUCUGGCAACAGCCAUCAUAAUCGACCGCGGCGUCCCGGCACUCGUGCUAGCUCAACUACUCCUGUAGGAGGCAUGACGGCAGAUGCGCCGAGCCGCAUUGCGGAGGACUGCCUCCGGGUGUGCAGACAGCGCUACUACGCUGGUCUGCGCCGACGCGGCGGCGCUGGUGAGUCGGGAGCGCCCCACACACCCGCCUUCUGCAGUGUGGAUGUCCCCGUGACGGGCACCAGCGGGAGGGCCAUGCCCGAGGCAACUGCGCCCGCUGCCUCGCUGCCACGCCUCCUGCACACGAUUGAGCAGCACCGCCUCGGGAAGUUCAUCCUCUUCGACUGCUGGAUUCUGCCGGCCCUCAACAACGCGGUAUCGCUCGGCUUCCUUGCUUCCGACUCACCAAUGCACCUCCGCUGGAACGUCGACGCGCUCGCGCGCUAUCUCAAGAUCCUUGUGCACGCACCCUUCGUCGAACAGGACAAGAUGGACUUCGCCAGCCUCUCCAGAAGCUCUCUGGAGGGCGUCAGGCGACGCAGGAGUAGCAACGUGCGUUGCAAUGACGGUGGUGGCGGUAAGGGUGGCCGCGGUACUGACACAGAGCAGGGAGACAGCAAACCUGGCACUCACGCCGGUGGACGCGGCGCCGCGCGUCCUACGGUGCUGUCGCUGCCGCCGUACCUCACCGGCAUCUACGACGUCGCCACCGGCUCGCUGGUGCGCAUGCAGACCUCCAUAUCCAUGAUCACCACCGCCGGAUGCGACCCAUCUAACACGGUACUGACUGCAGCGGCAGCGGCCGCGCAUCCGACCGCACUCAGUACGCUGUCGUCGACGUUGUCGAGUCCCGUUGUGAACACGGUGGGCUACGGUGAAUUCGAGGACGGCGAGGCACUCUCAACGCGGGACACCAAGAACAACUGCGAGGACGUCUCGAUGAUGGAGGAAUCGCCAACGCAGUGGGGCCAGUCGAGGCGGACGCUGGAGGCGACGGCUCCCCCAUCCAGUGUCACUGUUGCGUACGAGACGCCGUCUCUAGCGGCUCCGCAGCGGCACUCCGAAGUUCCACGAGCCGGUCAGCGUCGGGGAUCUGCUGCGGCUUCCAUCAAGUUGACGGUGACACCACCGUCUGGAAGUUCCUCCCGUUUGUUCUCCACGGAAGGAGAAGCUGCCGCGGCAGCCGCAGAGAUGUCGUCACCUAGCAUGUAUCUCGACACGGACAGCUUUGCCGGCUCACCAAGGGACCUGCACGGCAACCCGUUGAUGUCGUCCCCGGGGUCGCAGCGUAACGCCGAGAUGCCUCUUAGUAGCGCCACUCCACUCGCACCACUGCCACCGCUUGACUUUAUUCCCAGCGCUACAGCGGCGGUGGCGCACCCGUAUGUGGUGAUGGAUGACGCUGUGUGGCUGGACAUGUCCCCGGUGCUGCAGAGUCUCAACGACAGGAUCGGGCUGAAGUUCUGCGACCGUGGCACGGGUGAGGCGUUAGCCAGCGAUAGCGAAACUGCGACGUCCAUAACGCAGCUUCCCACGAUGAACAAUCGCGGCGGGGGGGUGGGUCCGCCUGCUGAUGGAGCCUUGAUGGACUCAGUCACGCUUACCGACCUCUCUCUCCUUGAUGUGCCAGCGUUGCAGAUUCUGAACGACUUCACGUACGCGGCAUGCACGGACGACAGCGAUCACGUCGUUGUGCCUGAGUUUGAGGUGCUGCCGUCGAUGGCAGCGGGGUGCCUCGAGAAGCUCUACGAGCUCGCUACCGACACACAUCCGAUGGUUGUCCACGCGUUGCAGAAGGGAACCUUUCACUUUGCCUACAAGGACCCUGGCAGCGCACCCUCUGGACUGACGUCCUUGUACACAGCGUGCAUGAAUGGAGUGCUGCUGCACCCCCGCACCGCCGCGCACGUGCUAAAAAACACCAUGGAUAACAAUGCACCUUUCUCUCGCAUGCUGCUGAAGCCGGUGGCGGACACGACGGCACUCGACCUGCUUGGUCGCCUAGCCACGUACUCACGCGAUGUACCCAUGGUGGAUGUGAACGCCGUUGUGCCACUGAUGAACUGCAUGGUGCCCACCCGCAGCGGUACUGGAGGCGGAGGACCACACGCAAGGAUGACCUUUUCGCCCAGCAGUACGACACUGCCGGCGGUUGGCGCACGGAACCCCAGCGCAGCUUCGACGAGUGCAACUGUUUCACACCGCUGGGAACGCGAGUCGCGCCGGCUGCUGCGCGAGUUUGUCUUCCUCACCACGGGUAACGCAGACUGCAGAUCGCCGCUGCCGCUCGUGCCGGGGCUUCGGCGGCCAGUGGGACCCCCUCACCCGGCGCACAUGAUCCGCGCCGGCGCAGCUCGCAUUAUGGAGGACACUGGCGGUCUGACGCCGAUGGUGUUCGACCCAUGGUGGCGCGCAAUGGUAGUGGCACUAUGCGUUAAGGCGUCGAACAUGUUUGCUGAGUGCAGCGGCGAUCAGUCGGUGUCGUUUCAGGAGAUGUGCCACGGGCAGGCCGAGGAGUCCCAGCGCCUUCAUCGGUGCAUCGCUGCUAACUUCGUUAAUACGAAGGGCCGCGAUACGUGCGAGGAGGACGCCAUGACGACGGUGAGCAGGUCAUCACAACGACAGAUUUCUCUCACGGAGCGUAGCAGUGGUGUCAGCAGCCUGCCACUCUGGCCAAGUCGGAGGCUCAAGCAAAAGUCCAAGGCAGGAAGGGGGAGGGCGAGGGGCAGCGGAGCGGCAAAGUCCACUGGCACGAAGAGAGGGAAAAAUGGACGCAAGGCCGCCGCCGCCGCUGCAACGUAA